AUGGAGUUCAUCGACCCCUGGGACUCCCAGUCCCGCGCCCGCGUCGUCCAUUCCGGCGCCAACUCCACUUCCUUCUCCUCCUCCACCACCGCCAAAGCACCCAUCUCCCUCCCGCACGCCGCAUCUUGCGCCGCCGCGGCAGUCGCGCUUCUCGCCGCCGCGUACUACCUCCCCCCGGCCUACCAGAUCCUCUCCUCCCUCCUCAUAUGGGUCGCUUCCUCCCUGAUCCUCGCCCCCUUCGCGCCCUGCUGGGCCACUGGCGGCGACAUCUCCGUCGGCCGAGGCCGCGUCGUUCCUGCUCCAGAACCGGCCCCGGAACCCACACCGGAACCCACGCCCGCCCCCCGCCGCGGCCGUCGCCAGAACCCGGCCCCGACGCCCACAAAGCCCUCAGAUCCGGUCACUCCUUCCGUCCAGUCGGCCGCAUCGCUGCAUCCGUUGCAGAAGGCGACGGCUGCGGGUGGAGCCGUCGAGGACGGCGGCGAGAGGGAGGAGGACGCCGGCGAGUGGACCGACCAGGACCUGGAACUCCUCCGGCGGCAGAUGGUGAAGCACCCGGCGGGUGAACCCCAGCGCUGGGAGAAGAUCGCCGCGGUGUUCGGCGGCCGCCGCACGCCCGAGAGUGUCAUCCGGGCGGCGAAGUCGGGCGCCCCGGGGGCGGGGGGAAGCUCGUUCGAGCAGUUCCUACGCAAGCGGAAGCCGCUCGAUCCGAGGGCUGAGGCUGCUGACACUGGGGACACUGCUGGAGGCGCGGAGAGUGCAGACGCCGCUUGGAGCGCCGGGGAUGACCGGGCCUUGCUGAACGCGCUCAAGGAGUUCCCCAAGGACACUGCAAUGAGGUGGGAGAAGGUGGCGGCUUCUGUACCCGGGAAGACGAAGGCCGCGUGCAUGAAGAGGGUCACUGAGCUCAAGCGGGACUUCAGGAGCACCAAGACGGCAUCGGAGGCAGCAUCAUAG